ACUCUCUAGAGUAGAGCACGGAAGUAGAAAGAAGGGGGGAGCAGCGUCGCUAGGGAGUAACGCUCCCAGAAGUUUCUCAUGACCCCCAACUUUAACCGCCGCAACGCCUUGUAGUCUCCAGGGCGCCUUCAGAGCCUUGAUGGUUAGGAAGAGCUCUGGAGACAGGCUUCAGCAGAGCUCCCCGCUACCCGGGGCCAUCUAGGAUACUUUUGCCCAAGGAAACUUUUUUGCAAAGUUUAGAGUGCUACAAAUAUAACGAACUCUGGAGUUUAUCCCUGGAGGAAAAAAAUAAACACAGACGAGGAAAUUUAUAGUGUAUCCAAAGGAGAGAUUGUACAAACGCUGAAGCAAGGUGCCUUGGGGAAGAAUGUAGUGGUGAUAGAAAAACACAAACAGCAAACUACUAAAACUGGAAGACUCUUGAUAAAAAAGGUGUCUUGUAUUGAUGAACAACAUGCAAAUGAUGCCCUUGAGGAGAUGUUGCCAUUGCUGAAACUUCAGCACUUGAACAUCUCUACCUACAAAGAACUCUUUAUCACCUGGAGUAGUCAGACUUCAUCUCUGUUUCUUUGCCUGGUGAUGAGGUACUCAAAGAAAGGAAGCUUAAAUGAUCUGAUCGAGACACAUAGAGACCUGAAGAAGAAAAUGGACCUGAUGUUAAUGCAAAAAUUCUUGGGGCAAGUAUUGGAUGCUGUGGAGUACUUACAUCGGAUGAAUGUGAUUCACAGAAAUAUCAAACCGUCUAACAUCAUACUAAUAGAUGAGAGCUACUGCAUGCUUGAGGACUUGAGUGUGCAAACACUGAUGCUUGAUGAGGCAAAGUGGAAUAUCCGAGCCAUAGAAGAUCCAAUGCACAAGUCCUGGAUGGCUCCUGAAGCUCUUGAGUUCAUAUUCAGCCUUAAAUCAGACAUCUGGUCUCUUGGCUGCAUUAUCCUGGAUAUGGCCACUUGUUCUUUUAUGAACAAACUUGAGGCCUUGGCUCUGCGAGUGGCAAUUCGAAGCCAUUCUAAAAAGCUAGUAAAAACAUUGGAGAAAAUUCGGAAGCGUGAGAUAGAAAAAGCUAAUGAUAUUAGUGAUGUUUUGAUAGAAAUGCUCCAUAUUAAGGCAGAAGACAGAAUGUCAACAAAGGAUCUAAUGAAAUUGCCCUUCGUGAAAGAUUGUUUGUUGGCUUCUGGCAAACCUGUGGUUAUAAUAAAGAAACCGUUGCCUACAUCUGUCACUGAAACCCUGUUGCAAGGAGGACUCCCAAGUGUAUUAGAGGUCAUGAAUUGCUUCUUGGACAGACCUGAGGUGCAAGUCAAAGCAUUAGAACAACUUUUGGCUUUAGUUGACCAAGAUAAAGAUCUGCCAUGGCUUUUGGAUAUGGUGGAAUCGGUGACCAGCAUUAUUCUGAGCCAUCAAAAUAUCCUCGAAAUCCAGAUGUGUGCGUGCAAGUUGCUGUACAAAAUUCUGAGCAAAGCCUUCAUAAACCAUCCAGAUAAUGUGCCAAGUGAAAAAUAUGUUGCUGAUGCCCUGCUUUCCAUCUUGAGAAAUUACCCAACAGAUGAAGAGCUGCUCUCCAUGGUCUGCCAAAUGCUGAUGAUUAUUUCAACCAAUGAAGAUUCGAUGGAGCACCUCCAGAAUAUUGAUACGUUUUAUGACAUCAAUCAAUGCCUGAAUAAUUUCUCACAUAACAAGGAGAUCUCCUUAUCUUGUUUGGGUCUCCUCUGGAGUCUCACAGUGAAUGCUGCCCUCCCAGACAAGACACCCCUAAAGGAGGCUGUGAACCUCAUCUUGAAGAUCCUGGACAUCUACCUCAAUGAUGGAGACAGAGCAGAAUCUGCCUGCUCUGCCCUCUGGGUGCUAUCUUUGCAAGGCUGCAUAGAAGGUGCCGAAUUUGAACACCUAACACUUCUGUUGCUGAAAUGUAUCAAGCUACAUAUGCAAAAAGCUGUCUUGGUGAACAAUGCCUACCAGGGGCUGGCCAGCCUGGUACGGACAUCAGAGCUGGCAGCCUUUCGGAUUGUGGUAACCGAUGACAACAGUCCUGGAAUAUCCUUAAUCAAAGAAACCUACCAGGAACACAGGGAUGACCCAGAGGUAGUAGAGAAUAUGUGCAUGCUGCUGUCAGAGCUUGUUUUAUACGAUGAAAUUGUGCCAGAGUUGUUGUCUAACAGCAUACAUGAAAUGCUCCUGGAAAUUGAAACAAGGUUUACAUCAAGUGAGGAGCUCCUAAAGCUUGCGACCAAAGCAAUUAAGAAAAUGAAUGAAUUUCUUCCUAAAAUCAAGUCAGAAAAGACUCGGGAAUGAAGAAAUGCAAAAUACCAUCAAAGAAAAUAUUUGUCCAAUCAUGAGAUAUCAUAUUUGUGCCAUUUCAACAAGAUCCUGCUUUUUAUCACCACAUAGUCAGCCAGUGAAAGUGCUGCUUUUUCUUAAUUAUGAAGAUUUUUGGAAGAACUCUUAGCUCUAAAAGCAGUUUAUGCCUCUGAUAAGUGUUCAUAGACACAUAAUAAAGGGAAAUAAUUUCA